GCCACUUUCCUCGAACUCCGAGGCGUCGUCAUUCUCGGUCUUCCGAAUCCAUCUUGUCUUCUUUGUCAUCAGGCUAACCACUUGCAUUCUUUCAUACUCGUACAUACGAUACUUUCUCUUCCCAAGUGCCAGUGCCAUCAGGGUCCCUGUGCCUGUCCGAGUCCUCCGUGCAAAAACUCUCUCGUUGUGCCUGUCCUGUCCCUUGUCCUCGGCAUUCCCCUGACUAACCCGGAUUCCGGACCAAGUUGCAAGCGCAUGAAUUCCUCGAACUCCGUUUUCUCGUUGUUGGCCCCAACGGUGCGAAAAGAAAAAAGUAGCCGAAAUGCACACGUCGAGUCUCACCAUGGCCCCUACUAUUGCCUGCUAGUUUGGACAGUAAUUAAUUGCCCAGACACCGGCCAUGGUGCUAUUGCGACUACAGGCUUCACUAACAACUUUCCAUCUAGCAUCUUGACUCGUCUGUGGGGUUGCUGCAGCUAUCUCAAAGACGCAUGCUGCAAACUUUGCCCUCCCCCAGCUCCGGAUAUUCUUGGACUGAUCUGGGCCUCGCUUCAAUUGACUCCCAAAAAGCCUACUGGCGCAGAGCUGGUCCCUGGACAACACGGGAAGUGCAUGGAGCUCUAUGCCACCGCAUCUCGCAUCGUCUUAGCCUCAAACACAUGGUGUCUGCCUGUCAGACUUUGCCGCCCAAUCGACCUUCAUAGAAGGGCAUAUUUUCAAUUAGGGCUGACGGGCCACAAUACCCGGAUUCCGUGGUUGUACAGAAAUUAACUCUUACUUGUUUCCCGUUCCCUAAUAAGCACUCCGCUUGUCAACUGCCUGGAUCUACUCCGUAUGGACAGUACAUAAUCGUACACGGGUUGCUCGUACUCGCACUCCGCAACGGACAAUGAGCUGUUCUUCCCCAAAGGCUUUGUCCACUUUCUGCCCCCUGGAUUCCGUUUUGCCUAGUUGCGGUGAUAUCCACCUACGGCUUGCGGCUUGUUCGGUUGUGGCCAUAUUCGGCGCCGAAUUGGCGACUCGUUCUCCAGACUCCAGGCUCGUGGGAUGGCAGCCAAGGAGCCAAUAUUCGCCUAGGCGCGGGUUUCGCUCCAUCGGCCCACACACAAGGAGGAGGAAAACGCAAAAAUAAGUUCAGCUGUGCAUCGUACCUUGGCCCAGGGGAAAUAAACCUUCAAGCCAGACAAGGAAAAACCAUAAAGAGGAAACAUGAAAAAAAAUGUCUGGCUUAUUUCUCACC